AAAGCUUCAAAAGCCACAACUUGUGGUGACUCUCUUGUUCUUGCACAACUUUCUCCUCUCCACAUUGCAGCUGAGCUGAGAACAGUUUGAGUGAUGAAUCCUCAAGAUUACCCGACUGAAGACGUGCCAUUGCAGGGCGUGAAUUAUGGUGGACUCCCUAUUCAGCCUGCAGUGGUCCAGCAGACUGCUGUGAACAUCAACACAGAUGUACCAGUCAUCAUUGAAUACCCGCAAGACCAUAUCAUCUGGUCAAUCUGCUGCUUUGCCUACUCAAAUCCUUGUUGCCUUGGACUUGCAGCUCUCAUUUAUUCCAUCAAGGCCAGAGACAGGAAGGUGGUUGGAGAUGUGGAUGGUGCACGACGUUAUGGCUCCACUGCUCGCUGUCUCAACAUUAUCUCCACAAUCAUAGUUGCCACUGUGUUCCUGGCUUUAAUAAUUGGGAUUACUGUUCUCGCUACUACUAUAUUUUCACCCAGACAAUAUUAUGGGUUUCAGUAUUAAAAUAAAUUUUGCAACCUUCUAUAACUUUUUAAAUGCAUCAUCUGGGGG